CUGCUGUUCCAGUGUCGACUUGGCAUAUGAUAAUAACUUUCAUUCCGAACAACGACAACGGCAAGCUGGUCUUAUACGUCCUUCCUUCUCUUUAGAUCCUAUACGACUAAGAUCUUGUGUCGCACUCUAUUGUCACAUGUGCACUGCCCCCUUUUCUGCUUCCGCUCAUUCCUUGUGACUAAAUAGCCAUGUCUCACUCUCGUCUGCGGGUGCGUGUUGGACCAUCGAUGGACAAGCUUGUUUGCAUCACAGACAAAGUGAACAGCGGAAAGGCGCACGAUAUAUUCUCGGAAUUGUUCGAAGGGAAAGUCGCCAUCAACAUCAAAGGUUUCACCAAUCCCUCUGGCGAAGAGCUUCCCGCGGAGUACUUUGACCGAGAAGAUAGGAAAGGGAUCACGUGGAGUAUUCAGGUUCAGGGCCGGUUCCUACAACCGACUUCAGCGGAUGACAUUAUGUUUGGAAAUACGUUCGACAAACGUUUAAAGUUGCCUUGGGGUGCUGGUGUGGCGCUCAAGUUCAUGAAAUACGUUGAUCCUACCUUGGAACAUGACUUGAUGUCGCAGACAAAGCCAUGGGCCCUUUCACCACUGAUCGCAACGAUGCCCCAUUUUGUGCAUGAAAGAAUAGAUGAUAUCCGAGCUUCGCCCCUGUUAGAGCACAGACGGUCGGAGUCCUCGUUUCCACCCUCACAAUCGAUAGGAGAGAAUACCUCGCAGUUGCAAUUUGCCAUUGCGUCCUCAACUUCUUCUAGCUCUACAUAUUUGACCCCAUCCUCGUCAUUAUCAAUUGCCUCAUCUUCGUCUAACCUCUCGAAUUUGCCCAAAAUGCCUGGUUCAUUGGACGUAUCGCAGAAGAUAUUUAGUCGUGCGCUGGAUCUACGGACUACAGGCGAACGUAGAUCAUACUUUAGCAGUCCUCAACGUCGGCGAGAGAUUGUAUUUGGACCUGAGGAUCUGAUCACGACAGAUUUUUGCUAUGGUUAUCUGCAAUUCAACCCGACUCUUGCCUUAAGGCUUUCAGGUGGUAUGACAUUCGACCUCAUGAAAUAUUGGGAUAGACAUCCUGUCAGGUUUGUUUGUUGCAGACGGAGAAAGCCAGAAGACGGAGAACGCAGCGACGGGCAGCCCACGGGUGACUUAUAUUGGAUUGUUUCAAUAGAGACUGCAGAUGAUAGUGAUAUACAUCAGGAAGAUCUAGCGACAUAACAGGAUCAAUAACAUGAUAUAGACGGGUAUUUUCUAAUUCAUAUUCACCUUGUAUUAUUGGACAAUAUAUAGACACAAUGAACAUAUUUUCUGAUAU